AUGGAAGCACAACUUGAUAGCGUUAUUCUGCUAUUGAAGAGAAAGAGAAUUACAGGAUCGUUUGCAGUCUCGAAGGCCACUGCAGAAGUAUUAAGACAUUAUAUAUCUACAACCAGAUGGCCAAACGCAAGAGUAUUGAUAGAUCAAGUAAAAGCCAUAGGUAAACGUUUAAUUGAAACACAACCAUUAGAAUUGUGUAUUGGUAAUAUAGUUAGACGUGUUUUAUAUAUUAUUCGUGAAGAGUAUUUAGCAUUGAAGAAAGAUGAUCAUAGUAGGAUAAAGUUAGAUUCAUCUAGAAACAAUUUGUUGACUAUUGAAGAUCCAGAUGAUCAAGAUUUCCAACAGUCAUUCAAUGGUUUAAAGUCAUCAAUUCUCGAACAAAUCGGUUAUUUAAUCGAUGAACUCAAAGGUUUUCGUAAGAGUAUCUCACAACAAUAUAAAGAACAUAUUCAUUCAAAUGAAGUUAUUAUGACAUUAGGUUAUUCACGUACAGUAGAAGAUUUUCUAAGAGAAGCUGGUCGUAAACGUAAAUUUGGUGUAAUAGUCGUUGAAACUGCACCAUCUCUUGAAGGUCAAACAGCAGCAUUGAAUUUGGCAAAGGAAAAUAUUGAUACAACAUUGAUUACAGAUAGUGCAGUGUUUGCAAUGAUGUCGAGAGUGAAUAAGGUUAUCAUUGGUACACACGCAGUGAUGGCAAACGGUGGUUUGAUUGCAACCUCCGGUACUCAUAUGCUGACAGUGGCAGCCAAGUACCACUCGGUGCCAGUGAUGGUUUGCACCGGUCUCUACAAGCUGUGUCCGCUCUACGCCUACGACCAAGAUACAUUCAACGACUACGGAUCACCCAGUGCCUAUCUCAAAUUCAAAGAGGCCGAGCAUCUCGAACAAGUUCACAGUUACAAUCCAACCUUUGAUUAUAUACCACCUGAAUUAGUUAGUUUAUUCGUUACCAACAUUGGUGCACAUAACCCAUCCUACAUCUACCGUUUACUUCAAGAAUAUUAUUAUCCAGAGGACACAUUAGAGGAUGACGAUAACUAA